AUGGUCGCGUCUCUGGUGUCGCUCGUGGUGAUGGAUUGGAGCGCGUUGCUCGUUUUGGAGCCGAUGCAAGUCGGAAAUGGACCUCCUCCGGCUGUUGACGCUCCUCCAGUUCAGCAUGACAACGUCCUCGCUCCUGUGCAAGUACCACCAGGAAACACUCUCGCUCAUGGUUGGGGCCAGUACCAGUACGGCAUGCCAUUGCUUCAUGGGCAGCAGAAACCGCCCGCAGGAUGGACUCCACAGCCACCACAGUACCAACAGAGUGGCUAUCUCCGACUUUCCAACUUUAUGGCCCCUGCACCUGCCGUGCUGGCCCCUGCACCAGCUCCUCAGCCAAUCAUCAUCAGUGGUAUCAGCGGCGAAAACAAUACCUUCAAUAUCUCCAUCGAUGGUGGUGGUAGUCGUCGCAAGAAGAGCAAAAACAAGUCCCGUGCUGAGUCUCUAGACAGCGACUCUGACUCGUCUGAUGGCAACUUUUUUAUCAGUUCCGUCAUCUGCCGUUCAAACUACAUGUACAUGUAA